AUGCAGAUAAGGUUGCCGCCGCUGUCAACAGAGCCCAACAGGUGUGAGCGUGCAUUUGUUGGCAACACCAUUGGUCAAGCAAAUGGUGUGUAUGACAAGCCACUCGAUCUCCGCUUUUGUGAUUACGCGAAUGACAAGUCCAACCUCAAGGGCAAAUCUCUCGCUGCGGCGCUCCUGUCCGACGCUAAAUUUGAUGGGGCUGACAUGACUGAAGUCGUCAUGACCAAGGCUUAUGCCGUUGGAGCAAGCUUUAAGGGUACAGACUUCUCCAAUGCAGUUCUGGACCGAGUCAACUUUGGGAAAGCCAACCUCCAGGGAGCUUUAUUCAAGAAUACUGUACUAUCUGGAUCCACCUUUGACGAAGCUCAACUUCAAGAUGCAGUUUUCGAUGAUACUAUCAUAGGAUACAUCGACCUUCAGAAGCUUUGCACAAAUAAAACUAUCAGCGAGGAUGGGAGAGCUACUUUGGGUGCCGAUGACUCCGGCCUUGUUUUCCAUCGCUUCCGCUUCUGAUCCAAUUUUCUCUCUAAGACUAAUGAUGUAAACUGCAAUUUUUGUAUUUAUGAGAAUUUAUAAUGUAAUGCACCUCAAAUUGCAGAUUAUUGUGUCCUCGUUUUCGUACAGAUUUGUUAUAGCCAAUGUAGGCAAAACAUCUCAGUUUUCAUAAGCUUUGUUUGUUGUCAGUUUCUAAUGUCAGUUAUGCUGCAAAUGUUGCCA